AGAGAAAUCAACUUAAUUACGUCAAGGUUACGACCUGAGUAUCAACUAAAACUUCAAGAGACCUUUGAGGAUCAACACGACCUUGUUAAAAUCUUAAUACUUUCAAGAAUUACAAAUGCUUUGGAUAAGACAAUAUUUCCAGUAGUCGAUUGUAUAAUUUAUAAAAUACUACAUCAACUUCAUCGACACCGAAAGGACGAAUUCAUCACAGAACAAAAACUGGCAAUAGUGGUGGACAAACAUAAAAGAAGGAAGCAUAAUAAUAGAUAUGUAGAUUUUAAAAGAAAACGAAGGGCAAAAAUGAUAGAUCAUUUAUCUGAAGUAAAUGAUAAGUUAAUAAGAAAGAUAGCAAAAAAAGACUUAAUGAAGUUACAGACAAGUAAUCAUUACCAUUCCCCAGAAAUCUCGGAAAUGGAUGAAGAAUCGGUAAAAAGAAAGAUCGUAGUUUAUAACUUGAAGUGGCGAUCACAAGCUCUAAAAGAGUUGUUAAGAAACUAUGUGGAUAAAAUUAAUGAUGAAACGACCGUAGAAGAAGAGAAUGAAGUCGAUGAAGAGGAUGAAGUCGAAAGCGAGGGUGAAGUCGAUGAAGAGGAGAAUGAAGUCGAUGAAGAGGAGAAUGAAGUCAAUGAAGAGGAGAAUGAAGACGAAGACGAUAAAGGAGAAGCUUC